UUGCUCGCCUACCACGCGCACGGAACCAUCGUCGGCUGCAAACAGCCCACCGGAAGGGAUCUAACGGCUACCAAGAAAAUGAUCACGGUUAGAGUCGGUGCCACGCACCUGCAGGCUGAACGCAAGCGGAACACGGGGUCGCCGUGGCCCUGGCUGCACGUCGGGCUGCUCGGGCUGAUUGUGCUCUGUGUCGUGGGCUCGCUGCUGACGCCAUGCGACGGUGCCGGUCGUCCCGCUUCCCUAGCGGACAGUCCAGUGUACUUCGGGGGCAUCGUGCCGGCGAACGGGCGCUUCGGCAAGAAGAUCCAACACUUUCCCAACACGGACCGCUCGCUGCAUCCUUUGCCGGCCAAGGAUCGCGAACUCCACCACGCAGAACGUGAUCGUGCCGAUGAUGCCUAGCACGACCAGUAUGAGCAGCUGCACGUGCAGCCCGCAGUACGAGGAGUAGA